GGAUUUCCCGGCCGGUGUUUCGGGCCCUUUAAGAGGCGACGCCGGAGCCGGAGCCAUUUUCCCCCCUUCGGCCGCUGCGAGGAGGAGCCGGAGCGGGAGUGACACCGGGCCGGACCCAGGCGACCUGCUGCGGCUCUGGGUGACUCGGGCCAGUGUAGAGGGCCCCAGGCCGCAGGCAGGAGCAGCUGGGCCAAUUCCCUGGCCGGGAGCGGAAGGGGAUGGCGUCGGGCCUGGGCUCCCCGUCCCCCUGCUCAGCGGGCAGUGAGGAGGAGGAUAUGGAUGCACUUUUGAACAACAGUCUGCCCCCACCCCACCCAGAAAAUGAAGAGGACCCAGAGGAGGAUUUGUCAGAAGCAGAGACUCCAAAGCUCAAGAAGAAGAAAAAGCCUAAGAAACCUCGGGACCCUAAAAUCCCUAAGAGCAAGCGCCAAAAAAAGGAGCUGGGGGACAGCUCUGGGGAGGGCCCAGAGUUUGUGGAGGAGGAGGAAGAGGUGGCUCUGCGAUCAGACAGUGAGGGCAGCGACUAUACCCCUGGCAAGAAGAAGAAGAAGAAGCUUGGACCUAAGAAAGAGAAAAAGAGCAAAUCCAAGCGGAAGGAAGAGGAGGAGGAGGAUGAUGACGAUGAUGAUUCAAAGGAGCCUAAGUCUUCUGCUCAGCUCCUGGAAGAUUGGGGCAUGGAAGACAUUGACCAUGUGUUUUCAGAGGAGGAUUAUCGCACCCUCACCAACUACAAGGCUUUCAGCCAGUUUGUCCGACCCCUCAUUGCUGCCAAAAACCCCAAGAUUGCUGUUUCCAAGAUGAUGAUGGUUUUGGGUGCAAAGUGGCGGGAGUUCAGUACCAACAAUCCCUUCAAAGGCAGUUCUGGGGCCUCAGUGGCAGCAGCAGCAGCAGCAGCUGUGGCUGUGGUGGAGAGCAUGGUGACAGCCACUGAGGUUGCACCACCACCUCCCCCUGUGGAGGUGCCUAUUCGCAAGGCCAAGACCAAGGAGGGCAAAGGUCCCAAUGCUCGGAGGAAGCCCAAGGGCAGCCCUCGUGUACCUGAUGCAAAGAAGCCUAAACCCAAGAAAGUAGCUCCCCUGAAGAUCAAGCUCGGGGGUUUUGGUUCCAAGCGUAAGAGAUCCUCGAGUGAGGAUGACGACUUAGAUGUGGAAUCUGACUUCGAUGAUGCCAGUAUCAAUAGCUAUUCUGUUUCCGAUGGUUCCACCAGCCGCAGCAGCCGUAGCCGCAAGAAACUCCGAACCACUAAAAAGAAAAAGAAAGGCGAGGAGGAGGUGACUGCUGUGGAUGGUUAUGAGACAGACCACCAGGACUAUUGCGAGGUGUGCCAGCAAGGCGGUGAGAUCAUCCUGUGUGAUACCUGUCCCCGAGCCUACCACAUGGUGUGCCUGGAUCCGGAUAUGGAGAAGGCCCCCGAGGGCAAGUGGAGCUGCCCACACUGCGAGAAAGAAGGCAUCCAGUGGGAGGCUAAAGAAGACAAUUCAGAGGGUGAGGAGAUACUAGAAGAGGUUGGGGGAGAUCCUGAAGAGGAGGAUGAUCACCAUAUGGAAUUCUGUCGUGUCUGCAAGGAUGGGGGGGAGCUGCUGUGCUGUGACACCUGCCCUUCUUCUUACCACAUCCACUGCCUGAACCCUCCACUGCCAGAGAUCCCCAAUGGUGAAUGGCUGUGUCCCCGAUGUACGUGUCCAGCUCUGAAGGGCAAAGUGCAGAAGAUUCUAAUCUGGAAGUGGGGUCAGCCACCAUCUCCAACACCAGUGCCUAGGCCUCCAGAUGCCGAUCCCAAUACUCCCUCCCCCAAACCCUUGGAAGGGCGGCCAGAGCGACAAUUCUUUGUUAAAUGGCAAGGCAUGUCUUACUGGCACUGCUCCUGGGUGUCUGAACUGCAGUUGGAGCUGCAUUGUCAGGUAAUGUUUCGAAACUAUCAGCGGAAGAAUGAUAUGGAUGAGCCACCUUCUGGGGACUUUGGUGGUGAUGAAGAGAAGAGCCGAAAGCGAAAGAACAAGGACCCUAAAUUUGCAGAGAUGGAAGAACGCUUUUAUCGCUACGGGAUAAAACCUGAGUGGAUGAUGAUCCACCGAAUCCUCAACCACAGUGUAGACAAGAAGGGCCAUGUCCACUACCUGAUUAAGUGGCGGGACUUACCCUAUGAUCAGGCGUCUUGGGAGAGUGAGGAUGUGGAAAUACAGGACUAUGAUUUGUUCAAGCAGAGCUAUUGGAAUCACAGGGAGUUAAUGAGGGGUGAGGAAGGGCGACCAGGCAAGAAGCUCAAGAAGGUAAAGCUAAGGAAGUUGGAGAGGCCUCCUGAGACUCCAACAGUAGAUCCAACUGUGAAAUAUGAGCGACAGCCAGAGUACCUGGAUGCUACAGGUGGAACCCUGCACCCUUACCAAAUGGAGGGCUUGAACUGGUUGCGCUUUUCCUGGGCUCAGGGCACUGAUACUAUCUUGGCUGAUGAGAUGGGUCUUGGAAAAACUGUACAGACAGCGGUCUUCCUCUAUUCUCUCUAUAAGGAGGGUCAUUCCAAAGGCCCCUUCCUAGUGAGUGCCCCACUUUCUACCAUCAUCAACUGGGAACGGGAGUUUGAAAUGUGGGCUCCAGAUAUGUAUGUGGUAACCUAUGUGGGUGAUAAGGACAGCCGUGCCAUCAUUCGUGAAAAUGAGUUCUCCUUUGAAGACAAUGCCAUCCGGGGUGGCAAGAAGGCAUCCCGCAUGAAGAAAGAGGCAUCUGUGAAAUUCCACGUGCUGCUGACAUCCUAUGAGUUGAUCACCAUUGAUAUGGCUAUCUUGGGUUCUAUUGAUUGGGCCUGCCUCAUCGUGGAUGAAGCCCAUCGACUGAAGAACAAUCAGUCUAAGUUCUUCCGGGUCUUGAAUGGUUACUCACUCCAGCACAAGCUGUUGCUGACUGGGACUCCAUUGCAAAACAAUCUUGAAGAAUUGUUUCAUCUGCUCAACUUUCUCACCCCGGAGAGGUUUCACAAUUUGGAAGGCUUCUUGGAGGAGUUCGCUGACAUUGCCAAAGAAGACCAGAUUAAAAAACUGCAUGACAUGCUGGGUCCUCACAUGUUACGGCGGCUUAAAGCUGAUGUGUUCAAGAAUAUGCCCUCUAAGACAGAACUGAUUGUGCGUGUGGAGCUGAGCCCUAUGCAAAAGAAGUACUACAAGUAUAUUCUCACUCGAAAUUUUGAAGCUCUCAAUGCUCGAGGUGGUGGCAACCAGGUCUCUCUGCUAAAUGUGGUGAUGGAUCUCAAGAAGUGCUGCAACCACCCCUACCUCUUCCCUGUGGCAGCAAUGGAAGCCCCUAAGAUGCCUAAUGGCAUGUAUGAUGGCAGUGCCCUAAUCAGAGCAUCUGGGAAACUACUGCUGCUGCAGAAGAUGCUUAAGAACCUUAAGGAGGGUGGGCAUCGAGUACUCAUCUUUUCCCAGAUGACCAAGAUGCUGGACCUGUUAGAGGAUUUCUUAGAACAUGAAGGUUAUAAAUACGAACGUAUUGAUGGUGGAAUCACUGGGAACAUGCGUCAAGAGGCCAUUGACCGAUUCAAUGCACCUGGAGCUCAACAAUUCUGCUUCUUGCUUUCCACUCGAGCUGGGGGCCUUGGGAUCAAUCUGGCUACUGCUGACACAGUUAUUAUAUAUGACUCUGACUGGAAUCCCCAUAAUGAUAUCCAGGCUUUUAGCAGAGCUCACCGCAUUGGGCAAAAUAAGAAAGUGAUGAUUUACCGGUUUGUGACCCGUGCAUCAGUGGAGGAGCGCAUCACGCAGGUGGCAAAGAAAAAAAUGAUGCUCACACAUCUAGUGGUGCGGCCUGGACUGGGCUCCAAGACUGGAUCUAUGUCUAAACAGGAGCUUGAUGAUAUCCUCAAAUUUGGCACUGAGGAGCUAUUCAAGGAUGAGGCCACAGAUGGAGGAGGAGACAACAAAGAGGGAGAAGAUAGCAGUGUUAUCCAUUAUGAUGAUAAGGCCAUUGAACGACUACUGGACCGUAACCAGGAUGAGACAGAAGACACAGAAUUGCAGGGCAUGAAUGAAUAUUUGAGCUCAUUCAAAGUGGCCCAGUAUGUGGUGCGGGAAGAAGAAAUGGGGGAGGAAGAGGAGGUAGAACGGGAAAUCAUAAAACAGGAAGAAAGUGUGGAUCCUGACUACUGGGAGAAAUUGCUGCGGCACCAUUAUGAGCAGCAGCAAGAAGAUCUAGCCCGAAAUCUGGGCAAAGGAAAAAGAAUCCGUAAACAGGUCAACUACAAUGAUGGCUCCCAGGAGGACCGAGAUUGGCAGGACGACCAGUCCGACAACCAGUCCGAUUACUCAGUGGCUUCAGAGGAAGGUGAUGAAGACUUUGAUGAACGUUCAGAAGCUCCCCGCAGGCCCAGUCGUAAGGGCCUGCGGAAUGAUAAAGAUAAGCCAUUGCCUCCUCUGUUGGCCCGUGUUGGUGGGAAUAUUGAAGUUCUUGGUUUUAAUGCUCGUCAGCGAAAAGCCUUUCUUAAUGCAAUUAUGCGAUAUGGGAUGCCACCUCAGGAUGCUUUUACCACCCAGUGGCUUGUGAGAGAUCUGCGAGGCAAGUCAGAGAAAGAGUUCAAGGCUUAUGUCUCUCUGUUCAUGCGGCAUUUAUGUGAGCCAGGGGCAGAUGGAGCUGAGACUUUUGCUGAUGGUGUCCCCCGAGAAGGCCUGUCUCGCCAGCAUGUCCUUACUAGGAUUGGUGUCAUGUCCUUGAUUCGCAAAAAGGUUCAGGAGUUUGAACAUGUUAAUGGGCGCUGGAGCAUGCCUGAACUGGCUGAGGUGGAGGAAAACAAGAAAAUGUCCCAGCCAGGGUCACCCUCUCCAAAGACUCCUACACCUUCUACUCCAGGAGACACACAACCAAAUACUCCUGCACCUGCUCCACCUGCUGAGGAUGGGAUAAAAAUAGAGGAAAAUAACCUCAAAGAAGAAGAGAGCCCAGAAGGAGAAAAGGAGGUUAAAUCUGCAGCUCCUGAGGCUACUGUUGAGUGUACACAGCCUCCUGCCCCUGCUUCGGAGGAUGAAAAAGUCCUUGUUGAACCCACAGAGGGAGAGGAGAAAGUGGAAAAGGCAGAAGUAAAGGAGAGAACAGAGGAACCCAUGGAGACAGAGCCCAAAGGUGUUACUGAUGUGGAGAAGGUGGAAGAGAAGUCAGCAAUAGAUCUGACCCCUAUUGUGGUGGAGGACAAAGAAGAGAAGAAAGAGGAAGAUGAGAAAAAGGAGGUGAUGCUUCAGAAUGGAGAGACCCCCAAGGACCUGAGUGAUGAGAAGCAGAAGAAAAAUAUCAAACAGCGUUUCAUGUUUAAUAUUGCAGAUGGUGGUUUUACUGAGUUGCAUUCCCUUUGGCAGAAUGAGGAGCGGGCAGCCACAGUCACCAAGAAGACUUAUGAGAUCUGGCAUCGACGGCAUGACUACUGGCUGUUAGCUGGCAUCAUAAACCAUGGUUAUGCUCGGUGGCAGGACAUCCAGAAUGACCCACGCUAUGCCAUCCUCAAUGAGCCUUUUAAGGGUGAAAUGAACCGAGGCAAUUUCUUAGAGAUCAAGAAUAAGUUUCUAGCUCGAAGGUUCAAGCUCUUAGAACAAGCCCUGGUGAUUGAGGAGCAGCUGCGUCGGGCGGCUUACCUGAACAUGUCAGAGGACCCUUCUCACCCUUCCAUGGCCCUAAAUACCCGCUUUGCAGAGGUGGAGUGUUUGGCGGAAAGUCACCAGCACCUGUCCAAGGAGUCGAUGGCAGGAAACAAGCCAGCCAAUGCAGUCCUGCACAAAGUUCUAAAACAAUUGGAAGAACUGCUAAGUGACAUGAAAGCUGAUGUGACUCGACUCCCAGCUACCAUUGCCCGAAUUCCCCCAGUUGCUGUGAGGUUACAGAUGUCAGAGCGUAACAUUCUCAGCCGCCUGGCGAAUCGGGCACCAGAACCUCCCCCACAGCAGGUAGCCCAGCAACAGUGAAGAUCUGGAUUGAGGAUACCGCCUCCACCACUGAGCAGUGACCUUCCUCACUUUCUCUUGUCCCAGCUUCUCCCUUGGGGGCCUGAGAGACUCUUGACCUUCUGCCCAUCUUCAUGUUGUAAAGGAACAGCCCCCAUGUACUGGGGGAGGGGAGGGAGUGAGGGGCAGUGGUGCCCUUCCUGCUGGAGAGACAAGCAGCAGUAGCGCCGGCGCCAUCUGCAGGGAGCUGGCUGGCUGGCCUUCUUUUGGACCCUGGCUUCUUCCCACUGUAACGUCUGUUACACACAAACUGUUGUGGGUUCCUGCCAGGCUUGAAGAAAAUGAUCUGAAUUUCUUCCUCCUUUUGGUUUUAUUUUGUUGGUUUAUUUUUGAGUUUUCUUUUCUCCCUUUUUGGGGUAUUCAGAGUGGGCCGGGCCCCUGGGGCGAGACACAGCUACCUCUGUUGGCAUCUUUUUAAUACCAGGAACCCAGCGGCUCCAGCCACUGAGCGGCUAAAAUAAAGUGGAAAAAAAAAAAAAAAAA